AUGAGUUCUGGUAAGUUUGAGGUAGUAUACUUCGCAAAUAAAAUAUACUAUGGAACUUUUUUAGAAAGUGAUCCUGCGGUGAAACCGGUUGUCAGAGACGAAGUCGAAGACGCCGUAGGUUUGACCCGUCUCCAGCAGAAAAAAUUGUUAAGAAAUAUCAUUAAUUACUUAUCAACGUAUGAAGCUAGCGGUAAUAUAUUUUACAAAAGCUUUGAUUUCAACGCUGUCUCAUUCGAUGGGCUAUCAGCGGAAGUGUUGCGCGAAGCAUACAAGAAGCUGAGAACAAAUGCGUUCAGGAAUUCUUCAAUGGUAACGGAAGUGCCCAUGUUGUCAGCGUAUUUACCAAAGCUGGAUCGAAAGAAAUCGAGUACUCGUCAAAAGCGUCCUAAAUCUGCAUACAUAUUAUAUGUUCAGAAGCAUUAUUCUAAAGUGUUGAAGAAAAAUCCUGAAGUGAAAGCGACUGAAGUAUUUGCACUUCUGGGUAAAAAGUGGAAGGAUCUUCCCCCUGGGAAGAAGGCCAAGUACGAACAGAUGUCCCGUGACGAGAAGGCGCAGAUCGAGGACGAUAAUCAUCCCGCGCCAAAUGGCGGCAAGUGGCGACCAAAGUCUGCUAUUCAACUGUUCAGGGACGCAAAGCGACAGAAGUACUCUAACAAGUACAAUGUUACUGGAAGUGCGUUGUCUCAGCUCCUCAAUAAGAAGUUCAAGAUGUUGCCUGAUAAUAAAAAGGAAAAAUGGGAGAAACGGUCUUUUGCUCUGUUUAAGGAAUAUGUCUCACAACAUGGUCGUAUAUUGGACGAGGCUGCUCCGAGCACAGAGCAACCAAAUGAUUCCGUGGCUAAUUCCCAGCCAGCGUGCCCUACCUCAGGCUUUUUAAACAAUUUCCAGUUCCUGGAUAACCACGUAAAAAUAGAAAAGACGUGA